CUGUACAAAGAAAUGAAAGGAUAGGGGUGGAAACACGGAGGAAUUUUCUUUUUGACUAGACCUGCGUACUUUGUUAUCGAACCCGAUUACGUUAGGAACGUGAUGAGCAAAGAUUUUCAACAUUUCGUCGACCGUGGGUUUUACUACAAUGAAAAAGAUGAUCCACUAAGUGCACAUUUAUUUAGCAUUGGUGGUCAGAAAUGGAGGAAUCUGAGGACGAAAUUAACCCCGACUUUCACCUCUGGGAAGAUGAAAAUGAUGUUCCCUACAGUGGUAGAGUGCGAAGGUGGAUUACAAAAACGCAUAGAGGAAGAAAGCUUAAAGAAUGAACCAAUCAAUAUUAAAGAGCUUUUGGCACGGUUCACCACAGAUGUGAUCGGUUCUUGUGCUUUUGGUCUCAACUGCGACACUUUUAGUGAUGAAAACUCACCGUUUAGGGUAUAUGGUCAAAAAAUUCUCACCGCUUCAGCUGUAGAAACGUUGAAGAGAUUAAUUGCUUUUAACUUCCCAGAUAUUGCGCACUUUCUAUCCCUAACCGUGACCCCCAAAGAUGUGGACAAGUUCUUCAGAAAAAUGGUGACUGACACUGUCAACCACAGAGAGAAGAAUGACGUUAUUAGAAAAGAUUUCAUGCAGUUGUUGAUAGAUUUAAAAAAUAACAAACUUGCUGAAGAGGACGGUUACAAACACGAUGGCAAAACUUUAACUCUUGAAGAAAUUGCAGCACAGAGUGUUGUUUUCUUUGUGGCGGGGUUUGAAACAUCCUCCACCACAAUGGCGUUUGCUUUGUACGAACUUUCGAAACAUCAAUACAUUCAAGACAAGGUUAGGCACGAAAUUAACACGGUUUUGGCGAAGCAUGACAACAAGAUAACCUAUGAAGCAAUCCAAGAAAUGAAGUACAUGGACCAAGUGAUUGAUGAAACUCUCAGGAAGUAUCCCCCAGUGUCUUUUCUCACACGUGAGUGUGUCAGAGAUUAUAAACAUCCAGAUGAUGACAUUGUUAUUGAGAAGGGUACGACAGUUGUUAUUCCGACUCUUGGGUUACAUUAUGAUGAGGACUAUUUCCCUGAUGCUGAAAAGUUUGAUCCUGAGAGGUUCAGUGAAGAGAAUAAGAAUUCCAGGCAUCGUUAUGUGUAUAUUCCGUUCGGUGAAGGACCCAGGAUGUGUAUAGGGAUGCGUUUUGGUAUAAUGCAGUCGAAAGUUGGAUUGGCGGCUUUGUUAAGAAGUCACAUAUUUACACUGAACGCAAAGACGCAGGAGCCUUUUGAAUGGAGAGCAGAUUCGUUUGUUUUAGCCGUGGAGGGCGACAUUUGGUUGAAUGCGCAGAAAGUGUGAUUUUACCACUUUUUUUCCAUAAAUUCCAUUAUAAACUUAAGAGGAAGUAGAUAUUUACUAUUUUGUUCGGGAACUUUGAGCCACCAGUUCAAACCUGUGGCAUACAUGAGGCUUUCAAUAUAUAUUUUUUAAAUUAGAUGUUACGAUACUCCGAUUUAUAAAUUAAAAUUAAAAAUAAUUUAUGUGUG